AUGAUCAUCCCCAUCCUCACCUCCUUCUGCCUCCUCGUCCCCCUCUACUGCAUCUACAAACCCCCCGCCCUCUUAAUCCGCUAUUUCCAACAUCGCUGGCCCGACGUCCUCUUCCACGUCCCUCUCCCUUCUUCUUCUUCUUCUCCUAAAAAACUCGUCGCCCUCACUAUCGACGACGGUCCCUCCGCUUACACAGCCGAUAUCCUCCAUCUCCUCCAAUCGCACGAUGCAACCGCGACCUUCUUCCUGAUCGGCUCCCAAAUCCCCGGCUACGAAGCUAUUCUCCGCGAUCUCGUCCGCGCCCGCAACGAACUCGCCAACCAUGCCAUGCACGACGAGCCAUCGCGCGCAUUGAGCGACGCCGUGCUCACAGAGCAGAUCGCCGCUGUCCAGGCGAAGAUCGAAGAGGCGUACAAGUCAGCGGGCGACGAGACAGAAGGACGACCGCGCAAUUGGCUGUUUCGGCCUGGGUCGGGGUUUUUCAGUGAGAGGAUGAGGAAGGUUGUGGCGCGGUUGGGGUAUCGGUUGGUGCUGGGGAAUGUGUAUCCGCAUGAUCCGCAAGUGCCGUUUUGGAGGUUGAAUGCUAGUCAUAUUCUCAGUAUGGUUAAGCCGGGGAGUAUUAUUGUCUGUCAUGAUCGGAGAGAGUGGACGGUGCCUAUGCUGCAAAGGGUGUUGCCGGAGUUGAAGCGUAGAGGUUAUCAGGUUGUUACGGUUACGGAAUUAUUGGAGGCUGGUUCUUCUUCUGCAAGGUGA